UUUUUUCUAUUGCAUCAAGCGACAUUUUGCAUUGAUAGAAGCAGGUUUUGUUUUUAUGCCUGAUGAUUAGAACGAUGCCGACAGAAAGUUAUGUUGGUGCUGUUGAUAAUGGAACGAGUAGUUCCAGAUUUCUGAUAUUUUCCAGUACAACAGGAGAGCUAAUUACAUAUCACCAGACUGAGAUGAAACAGUAUUGUCCAAAAGAGGGAUGGGCGGAACAAGAUCCUAUGGAUAUACUGAAUUCUGUUAUUGUAUGUAUUGAUAAAGCUGUAGAAAAUCUGAAAGCUUUUGAUAAAGACCCAGCAUGUAUAAAAGCUAUUGGCAUAACUAACCAAAGAGAAACCAUUGUGGCAUGGGACAGAAAAACAGGGAAACCAUUAUAUAAUGCUAUACUCUGGUUGGAUGUAAGGACAUCUUCAACAGUAUCAAAGUUAAUAGCAAAAACACCACAGAAAAGUAAAGAUUCUUUGAGAAAAUACUGUGGUUUGCCUAUUACAACAUAUUUCAGUGCUGUAAAACUGAGAUGGCUUCUUGACACCAGUGAAGAAGUGAGGAAAGCUAUCAAAGAUGGCCGAUGUCUGUUUGGAACAGUUGAUUCUUGGUUAUUGUGGAAUUUCACUGGUGGUAUAAAUGGUGGGAAACACAUCACAGAUGUUACCAAUGCUAGUCGCACAAUGUUAAUGAAUAUUCAUAAUCUGCAGUGGGAUGAUUAUCUGUGCCAAUUUUUUGACAUACCAAAGGAGGUAUUACCAGAAAUUAGAAGUUCUUCAGAAAUAUAUGGAAAUAUGGAAGUUAGCGUACUUAAAGGGCUUCCCAUAGCAGGGAUAUUAGGGGACCAGCAAGCUGCCCUGGUUGGACAGCUGUGUUUUAAACCUGGCCAAGCUAAAAACACAUAUGGCACUGGUUGUUUCAUGUUGAUGAACACAGGUACUGAGGUUGUACAAUCGGAGCAAGGACUUCUUACAACAGUAGGUUACCAGUUUGGAAAAGGGAAGCCAGUUGUUUAUGCAUUAGAGGGAGCCAUAGCUAUUACUGGUGCUAGUGUAAAAUGGUUAAGAGACAAUCUUGGCAUCAUUAAAACUGCUUCAGAAGUAGAAACAUUAGCACAGAAAGUAGACAGUACACAUGGCUGUUAUUUUGUACCAGCAUUCUCAGGAUUGUUUUGUCCUUAUUGGCAGGAUGAUGCAAGAGGAAUUAUAUGCGGACUUACACAGUUUACUACCAAAGAACACAUUGCUAGGGCAGCUUUAGAAGCUGUUUGUUUUCAGACAAGGGAGUUGCUUGAAGCAAUGGUAAAAGAUAGUAAAAUCCCGUUAGAGUCGUUACAAGUUGAUGGUGGGAUGACAAUGAACAAUCUAUUGAUGCAGCUACAAGCAGAUUUAAUGGGCAUUGGUGUUGUUAGACCAUCAAUGCCAGAAACAACAGCAUUAGGAGCAGCUAUGGCUGCUGGGUCAGCCAUUGGUGUCUGGGAUAUCAAUAAUACAGCAGUAAUUACAACAGACUUAUUUAAUCCAUCCAUACCUCAAAGUGAUCGUGAUGAAAGAUUUUCUAGAUGGAAAAUGGCUGUGGAAAGAUCUAUGCAUUGGGACAUCAAACCAGAUACAGUGACAAGAAGAAGUUUUUGGGAUGUGCUUGGACCAGGACUAUACUUUUGGACAAGUUUAGGGGUGCUUAUAAUUGCUAGUCAUUUACACAGUAGGUGAUAUCACCUGCCAUAGUUUUUAUAUAUCACAAUUUUAGAGAUUUAUACAAUUGUUAUUGUUUUGUUUUAUAUACAUAGACUUUAUAUUAAAUAAUUCUGUGAACCAUCUCAAUAAAGUUUUUGAAAAAAA